ACGGGCAGAGCACCGCCGACUUUCCAGUCUCUAUGGUACCAACUUCCGGCGCGCGCCACCCCUCGCGAGACUUCGGCGGCGCAGCAAUGGCCAGAUCAUGCCGCGUCACUGCUCCGCCGCCGGCUGCUGCACACGGGACACGCGCGAGACGCGCAGCCGCGGCAUCUCCUUCCACAGACUUCCCAAGAAGGACAACCCGAGGCGAGGCUUGUGGCUGGCCAACUGCCAGCGGCUGGACCCCAGCGGCCAGGGCCUGUGGGACCCAGCAUCCGAGUACAUCUACUUCUGCUCCAAACACUUUGAGGAGAACUGCUUUGAGCUGGUGGGAAUCAGCGGGUAUCACAGGCUAAAGGAAGGAGCAGUCCCCACCAUAUUUGAGUCUUUCUCCAAGUUGCGCCGGACAUCCAAGAGCAAGGGGCACAGUUAUCCAUCUGGUCCCCCUGAAGUCACCCGGCUCAGGCGAUGCAGGAAGCGCUGCUCCGAGGGCCGAGGGCCCACAACUCCAUUUUCUCCACCUCCACCUGCUGAUGUCACCUGCUUUCCUGUGGAAGAGGCCUCAGCACCUGCCACUUUGCCAGCCUCCCCAGCUGGGAGGCUGGAGCCUGGCCUCAGCAGCCCCUUUUCAGACCUUCUGGGCCCCCUGGGUGCCCAGGCAGAUGAAGCAGGCUGCAGUGCCCAGCCUUCACCAGAGCCACAGCCCUCCCCGCUCGAGCCACGGCCAGUCUCCCCCUCAGCCUACAUGCUCCGCCUGCCGCCACCCGCCGGAGCCUACAUCCAGAAUGAACACAGCUACCAGGUGGGCAGCGCCUUGCUCUGGAAGCGGCGAGCUGAGGCAGCUCUUGAUGCCCUCGACAAGGCCCAGCGCCAGCUGCAGGCCUGCAAGCGGCGGGAGCAGCGGCUGCGGUUGAGACUGACCAAGCUGCAGCAGGAGCGGGCACGGGAGAAGCGGGCACAGGCAGAUGCCCGCCAGACUCUGAAGGAGCAUGUGCAGGACUUUGCAAUGCAGCUGAGCAACAGCAUGGCCUGAGGGAGGGGCCGCUGGACUGACCGAGGGGCUGCCCAGCAAGGCUGCAGCCUCCUUCUCCCUCAGAAUCCACCAUACCCACAAGGUGCCAUAAUAAAGUGGAUUCUAGAAGGAGGCCCUGCUGUCUGGCUCAGCUGGGGGCUGAAGCCCCUCUGGGUACUAAGCUUGCUGCCCCCAGACAGGGGCUGCAGCUCCCAGAGGGCUUAGUCCAAGCCCUUCACCAGGGAGAGCAGAGAGCCUGGCUUUCACCCCUCAGAGCUACUGGUAAACCAGUAGCAGCCAGCCAGUACAGCUCCAUGCCCCACAGGGUUUUCUGAAGGGGCAGGAUGUUGUGAGUAGGGGCCAGGAAGGCAGUUCAAGGCACCCUUUCCACGGGAUCUGAAACAGCCCCAACUUAAGCCAGCCAGCCCCUUUGAGAACACUCCUAAAACCCGGUCCGGAUUCAGUUCUCAAACAGGUGCAUGACAGGCUUCUGUCCACAGGCCUCAUCUGCCUGGUGGGUAAGCAGGGCAACCCUCUCGCUGCUCCCUUCACUGCUGUCUCUAUUUGAAAAACGGACAAUGACAAUGAUCAGCCUCCUGGGGCAUGCCAGCAAGUAGUGAAGCCCCAACAAGUGACAUUUCUAGUCCCUGGAAGUCUGGGAAGAGGUGGCUAGAACUUGCAGACAAGCACUUGGGUCCUGGCCUCAGUAUCCUUUUCCUUCAACUCCCAGAAACCUGGAAGGCCUUGCCACAGCUGAGAUUCUCAAACAGCUCCGUGCGUGGGAUGAUUCUCACUGUGAGUUUGGCCUUUCCCUGCCAAAGAGCACAACUGAAUUCAUUUUAGUCCCAGAAACUGCCACAAAAAUUUUGUAAAAUUUGCUUUUUAGGACCCUUGGCAUGUAAUUUCAUUUAUUCACAUCAUGUAGAAAAGACAAUUGAGGGUUCAGUGAUGGGGUCAGCAUGGAGCAGGGUUUGCAGACUAGUUCAAGGAGGCUUCUGGGCUGGCCCCUCCAGGAGGGGUUUGGAGGAGGCUGCCCUGUGGGAGUGGUAAGAGCCACAUCUUGUGGAAACUGGGUAGGUGGUUCUGUGGCCCCACUGUGUGACUCACAUCUGGCCCACUUGGCUGGCUGCCCUAGCCUGCACUCCACUUCCAUGUGUUGACAUACCCCAGCCAUAGCCCUGGGCAUCUCUGUCCUCACCAGAGGGCCUUUUGGCUCAGCCUCUGCCCCUGCUCCUGCCAUCCCUUGUUUGCCAGCUCAUCUUGCACCAGGCCACUUCCUAGCCUGCAGGCUGCCUAUGGAUUUCUCCUGUUAGCUAAGCAACUUGGCACUCAGGGCCCCCCAUCCACGUGCACACAGGCAGAGGAGGAAAAUGAACUCUAAAGCCAAAAAAGAGCAGGUCAUUUCCCCAAGGUGAGCUGUGGCUUCAUGGCAGCCAUGAC